AUGCUGCGGCCGGCACAAGGAACGAGGAGCCUGCGGCAGCAUUCCUUGGUCGUUGCUGGCUUGACCGAGGGCAGCGUCACGCUCCUCACGUCCGACUUCCAGGCGCUUCACGUUCCAGCCGCCCUUCUUCCCGACGGACUCGAAGUCGGCAGCAUUCUUCACUCUUCCUUCGCUCUUGACUGUGCCGCGGAGGCUUCCCGAGUUCAACAGAUUCUCCAGCUUCUUGACGAAGUUUCGGUGGCACUCUCGCGCGAGAGCGCUCGACUGAGUCUGCCGCCGGUCAAGCCCAGCGCGCCCAAGGCCUCGUGGGUGUCUCUGAGCAGCUCGCAGAUUUCGCAGGACAGCGCGCCGUCUUCUCCGGGGAUCGCCUCGCAUGCAGAUUCCUCUCUCGGCAGCGCCGCGCAAUCUCCCGUGACCGGAGUCCCAGACUGCAGAUCUCCGGCUGCAGUUCCCUCUCAGCCCUCUGCAGCUUUCCAGUGA